AUGCGGGAAAUCGUGCACAUUCAGAUUGGCCAGUGUGGCAACCAGAUCGGAUCCAAGUUCUGGGAGGUGAUCGGAGAAGAACACGGGAUUGACCCUGCUGGGGGCUACUGUGGGGCCUCCGCCCUGCAACUGGAGCGGAUCAGCGUUUACUACAAUGAAGCCUACGGUAAAAAGUAUGUGCCCCGAGCUGUCCUUGUGGACCUGGAACCUGGGACGAUGGACAGCAUCCGAUCCAGCAGAUUAGGAGCCCUCUUUCAGCCUGAUAAUUUUGUUCAUGGUAACUCAGGAGCUGGUAACAACUGGGCCAAGGGCCACUACACCGAGGGAGCAGAGCUGAUCGAGAGCGUCCUGGAUGUGGUGAGGCGGGAGAGCGAGAGCUGCGACUGCCUGCAGGGUUUCCAGAUCGUGCACUCUCUGGGUGGGGGCACCGGCUCAGGCAUGGGCACCUUGCUCAUGAACAAGAUCAGGGAGGAAUACCCAGACCGGAUCCUUAACUCCUUUAGCGUCAUGCCGUCCCCCAAGGUGUCCGACACGGUAGUCGAGCCCUACAAUGCCGCCCUGUCCAUCCACCAGCUGAUUGAGAACACAGAUGCCUGUUUCUGCAUCGACAACGAGGCACUCUACGACAUUUGCUUCCGCACCCUGAGGCUGACGACACCCACCUACGGCGACCUCAACCACCUGGUGUCCUUGACCAUGAGUGGCAUCACCACCUCGCUACGGUUUCCCGGCCAGCUCAACGCGGACCUGCGCAAGCUGGCGGUGAAUAUGGUGCCCUUUCCUCGUCUCCACUUCUUCAUGCCGGGCUUCGCUCCACUCACGGCCCAGGGCAGUCAGCAGUACCGAGCCCUCUCGGUGGCUGAGCUCACCCAACAGAUGUUUGAUGCCCGCAACAUCAUGGCCGCCUGUGACCCUCGCCGCGGUCGCUACUUGACUGUGGCUUGCAUCUUCCGGGGUAAGAUGUCCACUAAGGAAGUAGACCAACAGCUGCUGUCCGUGCAGACGAGGAACAGCAGCUGCUUCGUGGAAUGGAUUCCCAACAACGUCAAGGUGGCUGUGUGUGACAUCCCACCCCGCGGGCUGAACAUGGCAGCUACCUUCCUGGGUAACAAUACAGCCAUCCAGGAGCUCUUCACCAGGGUCUCCGAGCACUUCUCGGCCAUGUUCAGAAGGAAAGCUUUUGUGCACUGGUACACCAGCGAAGGGAUGGACAUAAGUGAAUUUGGGGAAGCUGAGAGUGAUAUCCAUGACCUGGUAUCUGAGUACCAACAAUUUCAAGACGUCCAAGCAGGGCUGGAGGAGAGCAAAGAGGACGGGGAGGAAGAGGAGGCAGAAAUGGAGGCAGAAGAUAAGGAACAUUAGCCAGGAGAGAGGCUACAGGGCAGCCAUUUUCUGUAAUUUCUCCAAAGAUCUGUGGCUGUCCUGAAGCCCUUGGCAAGGGGAGGGACAACAGGUGUAGGUGGUAGUGAUGGUUGGGAGUGGCAGGGCCUUUGGCAGCCACAACGUCAUCACGUGAUUGUGCUCCUCUUUAAGCAGCAAGUGAAUUGACUGUAGUGAGCCCGUUUGUUUUUUUUGGUAGCUAUAGGUAGACCCCCAGAUGAAGCUUGCCAGGAGUCCUUUGCAGCGGAUGGUCUCUCUCCAACCCUUUAGCAGCGUUGUUGGG